AUUAAACACUGUCGAUAACCUCUUGUUCCGUCUCAUUGCGCUAACUAAAGAGCUGUAGUAUGUGUGCUAGAAUGAACUGAGAGAUGGAAAACAAGAGGAAAAUUAAAAUCACGAUUCCCCAAGUGUUUUUUUUCUCAGAUAUUAUGUGAUGUCAUCGAGAUUGUAAAAUCCAUGAGUUUGUUUUACUGUCUCUGCCAUUUGUGAAUUGUUUGUGAAUUGAAGUUGGUGUGUUUCAUUUGAGUGGUCAGCUAUUUUUUGGGAUAGCAGAUAGAAGAGAGAGAUAUUUGGAAAUUGCUCAAUAUAACUUUUUUAUCGGUUGCAAUUUCAAAUUUGAUAAUCGCUCUAUUUGGUAAAAAGUUGGUGAUUGGGAGAAAAGUGAGUGGUAGUGCGCCAGAGAAGAUGAUAAUCGAUCAAUUGUGUGUUGUGCUACUGAUGGUACUUGGACUUUCUCAGCUAGCCCCUGGGGAAAGCUUUGUCAUACCAAGAGCUCGCUUUGAAGUGUUACAUCCCCGUGGAUUGAGGAUAUCAAUUCCAGAUGUUGCGGGAAUUAAAUUAUUCAGCUUUCAUGGUGCCGUAAAUGAUGAGAUUCAGGUUAAUCAGCAAGGGACGAUUCAUGGUGAAGUGACUGAUGCGAUAAAUGGACGAUGGACUUUCACUGACUCCAGAGUCACCGUCAAAGGUGGCGAUGUUAUUAAUUAUUGGAUUUAUGUCCAAUUCAAUAACCUGGGGUAUCAUGUGGAAAAUAAACAAUUUGUCACGGAAGCAUCCAAUGUCACUUCAGAGAGUGCAGCUGAGUGCUCCUGUUGCACUCCAAUUCAUCAUCACUACCACUAUCACUAUUACACAUCACCGGAGGUGAAGAAUUCUGGGGAAAAUGAUACACAUCAAACGAAUCAAGAAGAAUAUGAGAAAUUUACGCUGAAAGUUGCCAAUCUUGAGCAUGAGAUUAAUCGCACAAAGGAUAAAGUAGAGUAUGUCAGUGCACAGAUAAAUCCUCUUGCAGAGGAACUUCAAACGCUCAAAGAUAUGGUGAAUUUUGUCCAGAGACGCCUUGAAAGAAGUCGAGAAAAUUCUACAACUGCCAAUGAAUUACUUCUUAUUGGAUCAUUUCCCGCGCAAAUUCCUAAUCUUAUUGACUAUCUCGAGGAGUUUAUGCGCCAAAAUCUCGCCAUAAUGGAUAUCAGCGGGAGAAUUGUAACAGCUUGCCAUCCAGCAGAAAAAGAAAUUGUCUUCAAGGUAUCUUCGAGGGAAGAUAAGCGUCUCCUUCUCAAGUUAGCCAAGGAGAAGGAGUUGAUUGAGCAGACUGGUUACGUACUUAUGAAUUUUCCUUCUUCAGAUCCAUAAAGAGAUUAAAUCCUAUUUAUGUAAUAUCCAUGUUGGGGCUUUGCUAUCGAGAUGUCCUGUCCAAAUGGGGUUAAAUUUUUGGCAAAAUAGAACAGGAAAGAUAUUAGAGAAAUUCAAAUGGAUAGAAACAAUUACCAUGGGGCAUUCGCCGAAUGCUUGAAUUCUUGAAAGUUUGAACAAUUUUCAAAUUUCCCUUCAUUGUUAAACAUUGAGAAAUUAACGAAUUUAAUGAGCCAUUGAAAUUUUCUAAUGGACAAUUUCAAAAAUCUCAAUGUUAAGACCUUUUGUAUUUUAUUAAAAUAAGAAAAUUUUAAUUAGUUUUUACACUAAUUUCAGGAUCUCUGUGAAAAAAAUGUUAAUUUUUUAAAGGCUUUAAUAUAGAGAUGACGAAAAUCCAAGA